AGAAAAAGGACACACUCUCUCUUCUUCUCUCCUUCCCUCAGGAAUCAGGAUAUCUCUUCCGAUCAAAUCACAGAAAAACCUGUGACUCUCUCUCUCUCUCUGUGGACUUUUUCAGGCUUUGAGCAUCCGAUCAAGUUUCAAAAUGCUGGCCAUGUAGAGGGGUUCUCAGCUCUGUUCAAUGUACCUUCCUCUCGACUCGAUCUGCAUCUAAAACUGGUUUUGGCAUUCGGGUCUUGGAAAUGUCAAUAUGUAAACUAAGAUGAGCCAGACAGAAGUGUCAAGGAUGAGACCUUCUCUUGUUCCGCUUGCAACUCUGAUUGGUCGCGAGCUUAGGAAUGAGAAGGUUGAGAAACCUUUUGUUAAGUAUGGACAGGCUGCUUUGGCAAAGAAGGGAGAGGAUUACUUCCUGAUAAAACCUGAUUGUCAGCGGAUUCCAGGAAAUCAGUCAACAUCAUUCUCUGUCUUUGCGCGCCAGAAUGGAGCGUCAAUAUAAUUCCUUUAUGGUUAUAAUACCCACUGGAAUUCUUACUUGGCAGAUUUUUGAUGGGCAUAAUGGUAUAUCAGCUGCUAUCUUUGUAAAGGAGAAUUUACUUGGAAAUGUUUUGAGUGCGAUUCCUCUAGGAAUCAGCAGGGAAGAGUGGCUUCAAGCCCUUCCUCGGGCAUUAGUUGCAGGUUUCGUGAAAACUGACAUAGAAUUUCAGCAGAAAGGAGAGACUUCUGGGACUACGGUGACAUUUGUUGUGAUUGAUGGUUGGACAAUCACUGUUGCAUCUGUGGGGGAUUCACGAUGCAUAUUGGACACCCAAGGAGGUGUGGUCUCUCUCUUGACUGUUGAUCACAGGCUGGAAGAGAAUGCAGAAGAGAGAGAACGUGUCACUGCUAGCGGGGGUGAAGUAGGAAGGCUCAAUAUAUUUGGAGGAAAUGAGGUUGGCCCCCUUCGCUGCUGGCCUGGUGGAUUAUGCCUUUCUAGGUCAAUUGGUGAUACAGAUGUUGGAGAGUUCAUUGUCCCAAUACCACAUGUUAAGCAAGUGAAGCUUUCAAAUGCUGGAGGAAGACUUAUAAUUGCUUCUGAUGGUAUCUGGGAUGCUUUAUCUUCUGAUAUGGCUGCCAAGUCUUGUAGGGGUUUACCUGCGGAGCUAGGUGCAAAGCUGGUCGUGAAGGAGGCUCUGAGGACAAGGGGCCUGAAGGAUGAUACAACCUGCCUUGUUGUUGAUAUUGUCCCAUGUGACCGUCCUGUUCUACCAUUAACACCAAGGAAGAAACAGAAUAUGCUCAGUUCAAUAUUUGGGAAGAAAUCUCAGAAUUCUAUGAGCAAAUCAACGAAUAAGCUUUCUGCUAUUGGGGUUGUGGAGGAGUUGUUUGAAGAGGGUUCUGCAAUGCUUGCAGAAAGGCUGGGUAAGGAUUUUCCUCUGAACACAAACUCUGGGCUUUUCCGGUGUGCAGUCUGCCAAGUUGAUCAACCCCUUGCUGAUGGAUUAUCAGUAAAUUCAGGGCCCUUCUUCUCACCAGCAUCAAAAGCAUGGGAAGGCUCCUUCCUCUGUGCUAACUGUCGGAAGAAGAAAGAUGCCAUGGAAGGAAAAAGGCCAAGUCAACCCACAGUGACCUCAUAGUAGUUUUCUCUGUUAUAUCGGUAAAUAUAGAGAUUUUUUCUGGCGGUGUGAGCAUGCUUGGGUUUUAAGAAAUGAGGGAGAGAUACGGAGAGAGAGAGAGAGUUUGGAGAUUUUUAAACGAUUGUGCCAAUUCUGUCUGCUCAGCUGUUGGACUGACUGACAGAGAACAAACAUGUUACCUAUUGGUUAUAUUGUGAUAUUGUGAUAGUGAUUACUAACA